GGAGGAGUCUUCCAGCCGUCAAUCAUCAAAGUUGUGUCACCGGUGCGAGGAGGAAGGAUAAGGAACUCCCGAUGACAGAAUCUAAACUCUAAAUUGGAAUAAACCUCGUUUGUCCUCAAGUUAUUAGUGAACAUUUCGCUUAAAAAAGUGAAGUAAUCAACGGCGGGCUUGUAGCCUAUUAAUCAUUGGACGAUACGUCUACGGAGAGUUUGUACGCUACCUUUUACAGCACCGAUGUCAGAUGCGCCAUCUCCAUGCGCGACAGGGUUGCAGUUUUCUGAAGGAGAGUUUUCGUUUUUUGGGGGGGGCGACUUGGAGACAAUUAACUUCAUGAUGAGAGAACGAACCUGGGUUUAGGAUUCAAAGACAAGGUUGCUGCCACACCCCUCCCCCCUCUGUGUCCCAUUGGCUGCUGUUCCCCAGGGGGUGGGACUCAGUAUGGGUUAAGAGCUGUGAGGCCAGACUGAGAGGACAGUGAAGCCUGACAAACUCCACCCGCCACACAGGUGGCUAGAGAUCAGAGGUCGUAGCUAGAGGUCAUGGCGGGCCUGAGGAGGAAGCUGAAGUUUCUGGUGACGUUGAUGACGGUCAAUCUCUUCAUCUUCAUCCUAGUGUUCCACGGAGGAGGAGGACAGGACAAGGGACACAACAAGGUCCUUGUCCCCUCCAAGCGAUUCUGGUCCAAACUGGCUCCUAGUCAGGCCUACUGGAACCGCCAGCAACAGAGACUGGACCUCCAACACAACCCCAUCCUCGCCUCCUCCAAUAGUAACAACACUAGCGAUGAUGAUGAUGAUGAUGUCAGACCUGUCCCUGAUUGGCUCAACGACACAGGGCUGAACCCUGACCCCUGCCAACCGGACUACAGAGUCACCACUCACGUGAAAGACUACAAUUCCCUACCUCCUCGUUUUAAAGACUUCCUGCUCUACAUGCGCUGUCGGUCGUACCCUCUAGUGGUGGACCAGCCUCACGUCUGCCAAAAGACCCGGAGAGGGGAGCCGCCCUUCCUCCUACUGGCCGUCAAAUCCCUCGCUCCUCACUUUGACCGCCGCCAGGCCAUCCGCCAGUCGUGGGGUCGAGCCGGCGUCCUCGCCAACCGGACGGUUGUCACGGUGUUCCUGCUCGGCAACACCACGGCCGUGGACCACCACCCAGAUCUGUCGGAGAUGCUGCGCUAUGAGAACACUCACCACCGCGACAUCCUGCAGUGGGACUACCGGGACUCGUUCUUCAACCUGACCGUCAAGGAGGUGCUCUUCCUGGACUGGAUGACCACACGCUGCCCUGGAGCUCAGUUUGUCUUUAAAGGGGACGAUGACGUCUUUGUCAAUACGUUGAGGAUCCUGGCCUUCCUCAAGGGCCUCUCGGGGCCCCGGGCAAGGGACCUGUUUGUAGGGGAUGUGAUCACCAACGCGGGGCCAAACAGGGAUAAAAAGGUCAAGUACUUCAUCCCAGAGAGUUUGUUCGUUGGCAAUUACCCGCCAUACGCGGGCGGAGGGGGGUAUCUGUACUCCGGGGACCUGGCCAGACGGCUGCACGGAGCCUCGCAGCACGUACCUCUCUACCCCAUCGACGAUGUUUAUACAGGGAUGUGUCUGAGGAAGCUGGGGCUGGGGCCGGAGAAACACAAAGGCUUCAAGACGUUUGACAUUGAGGAGAAGUACAGGAGGAACCCGUGUGCCUAUAAGGGUCUGAUGCUGGUACACAGCCGGACACCGCAGGAGAUGAUCCAGAUCUGGGCCUGGCUCAAUGACCCCAACUUGACCUGUCAGUAACUUCCCAGCCCGUCUCCAUUUUGACUUCAGAAACCGGGGACAACGGGUGUCGGUGGCUAUUUUGACUUCAGAAACCGGGGACAACAGGUGUCGGUGGCCAUUUUUGACUUCAGAAACCGGGGACAACAGGUGUCGGUGGCCAUUUUGACUUCAGAAACCGAGGACAACAGGUGUCGGUGGCCAUUUUGACUUCAGAAACCGGGGACAACAGGUGUCGGUGGCCUUUUUGACUUCAGAAACUGGGGACAACAGGUGUCGGUGGCCAUUUUGACUUCAGAAACCGGGGACAACCGGUGUCGGUGGCUAUUUUGACUUCAGAAACCGGGGACAACAGGUGUCGGUGGCCAUUUUGACUUCAGAAACCGGGGGCAACAGGUGUCGGUGGCCAUUUUGACUUCAGAAACCGGGGACAACAGGUGUUGGUGGCUAUUUUGACUUCAGAAACCGGGGACAACAGGUGUCGGUGGCCAUUUUGACUUCAGAAACCGGGGACAAAAGGUGUCGGUGGCCAUUUUUUAUUUGAGCUGUCAGUAACCAGGGAAGACAGGUGACUUAAACUGUCGGUAACUGCCUGGACCAGACACCACGACAGGCGGCCAUUUUGUUAUGCUGGUUGUUAUAGUAACUCUGUGAGAGGUCAGUGGCCACUGUUUUGUGACACUUGGUAGGGUUGUUACAUUCUAAAGGUCAGACACAAUUUUGAGACUUUUUUUUAAUGUAUUUUUUUAGGGAAGGAUUAUUACUCUUGGAGGAUCAGUCGAACAUUGGCAGCUUUAAUGUUGUUAUUAUCAUGUUUGUUGAUGCUAGUUAACCGUCUUCAAAGUUGAAUCUUGGAUGAACAUUUCAGGUUUUGAAUCCCAAGAUAAAGAGGGCGUGACUGUGAUGGCGGUACGAUGGCAGACCAACGUGUCUCUGAGCUGUCUAAAUGGUCGUCAUGGCGUUAUGAUGGUCAACAUGUCUGAGCUUUCUAAAUGGUCGUCAUGGCGUUAUGAUGGUCAACGUGUCUCUGAGCUUUCUAAAUGGUCGUCAUGGCGUUAUGAUGGUCAACGUGUCUCUGAGCUUUCUAAAUGGUUGUCAUGGCGUUAUGAUGGUCACCGUGUCUCUGAGCUUUCUAAAUGGUCGUCAUGACGUUAUGAUGGUCAAGUCUGAUGGAUCUUUCAUGUUUCCCCGCUGUGUGUCUGACGUCACAAAGAGUCUGUACCAUGUUGUAUUAUGAGGAGUUGGAGACAGAGGAGUCUGAUCCCAGAUCUGUUUUGGUCUGAAAAUGACCGUAAGAGUUGGCACAAGACUGAUCUGGAACCAGGCUAAUGGAUGAGUGCUCAGCUGGUCUGGGCCGUGCUAGAUAAAGAGUCCCUGAUGGAGAAUGUAACUUGGGAAAAUAAAUCUAAUAAAAAAAUGUUAAAAACAGACACGUUUCCCAGUCUGAAGAGAUCUGACUGAUGGACCUUAAUGAUAACGCUUUAUCACUGUGUGUCUGACUGCACAAAGAGCUUUCAGACACGUUUCCCAGUCUGAAGAGAUCUGACUGAUGGACCUUAAUGAUAACGCUUUAUCACUGUGUGUCUGACUGCACAAAGAGCUUUCAGACACGUUUCCCAGUCUGAAGAGAUCUGACUGAUGGACCUUAAUGAUAACGCUUUAUCACUGUGUGUCUGACUGCACAAAGAGCUUUCAGACACGUUUCCCAGUCUGAAGAGAUCUGACUGAUGGACCUUAAUGAUAACGCUUUAUCACUGUGUGUCUGACUGCACAAAGAGCUUUCAGACACGUUUCCCAGUCUGAAGAGAUCUGACUGAUGGACCUUAAUGAUAACGCUUUAUCACUGUGUGUCUGACUGCACAAAGAGCUUUCAGACACGUUUCCCAGUCUGAAGAGAUCUGACUGAUGGACCUUAAUGAUAACGCUUUAUCACUGUGUGUCUGACUGCACAAAGAGCUUUCAGACACGUUUCCCAGUCUGAAGAGAUCUGACUGAUGGACCUUAAUGAUAACUCUUUAUCACUGUGUGUCUGACUGCACAAAAAGCUUUCAGACACGUUUCCCAGUCUGAAGAGAUCUGACUGAUGGACCUUAAUGAUAACGCUUUAUCACUGUGUGUCUGACUGCACAAAGAGCUUUCAGACACGUUUCCCAGUCUGAAGAGAUCUGACUGAUGGACCUUAAUGAUAACGCUUUAUCACUGUGUGUCUGACUGCACAAAGAGCUUUCAGACACGUUUCCCAGUCUGAAGAGAUCUGACUGAUGGACCUUAAUGAUAACGCUUUAUCACUGUGUGUCUGGCUGCAGAAAGAGCUUUCAGACACGUUUCCCAGUCUGAAGAGAUCUGACUGAUGGACCUUAAUGAUAACUCUUUAACACUGUGUCUGACUGCACAAAGAGCUUUCAGACACGUUUCCCAGUCUGAAGAGAUCUGACUGAGGGACCUUAAUGAUAACGCUUUAACACUGUGUGUCUGACUGCACAAAGAGCUUUCAGACACGUUUCCCAGUCUGAAGAGAUCUGACUGAUGGACCUUAAUGAUAACACUUUAACACUGUGUGUCUGACUGCACAAAGAGCUUUCAGACACGUUUCCCAGUCUGAAGAGAUCUGACUGAUGGACCUUAAUGAUAACGCUUUAUCACUGUGUGUCUGACUGCACAAAAAGCUUUGUCUUAAUGUUGCUUUUGGAAAAAAAAUAACAUUUAAGAAGGAAUAGUUUCACCUUAUUUAAACGAGGGUUCAGUUCAUGUAACAGGGUUCACCUUAAAAUCAGGGACAGGUUGUUGUUGUUUUUUUUACCUUUAAAAUAAUUCACUAACCACAUUAAAUGAAUUAAUCUCUAGAAAAUAACCAGGUCUUUACAAUGUUGGUGAAAACCUCUGGGGUUGAAGUGUCCUGCAACAGUUGCUACAUCCAGUUUGGAUUCUUGAAGAAUGUAACUGAUAAAUACCUCAUGAGCUCAACUGUCACCACAUCAGUCCUUCCAUCCAUAGCCCUGUCUGGUUCUUCAGCCCAGUCCCUUUUUACCAAAACAGGGGCGGGGAGUUCAUUUAUCGUUUUUUUUUUUUUUACUGCUGAUUGCAGCUUUAAGUGGGUUCAAAUCUAGCCAAAAUACUGACUUUAUGUCACUGUAGCAAGUAUUUUCAUAUUAAAAGUCAGAUUCUGUGGUCUAUAUUAAAGGGCCUGUUAAAAUACAGUAUUGGUGCACAGUUGUAACUUAAAUAUCGAAGGGAAGCAGAAGAAACGUUUGUGGAACAGCUCUGUUCAGCGUUGCUUCAGGGCCUCCUUGUGAGCCUGACAUCUUCAUUAACAAAGAUACCGUCAAGCUGAAAUGGCUGUUUAUAGCAUAUUUUCACAAAGACAACUAUCAUUUUCAUAUCGAACACCCCCCCCCCCCCCCCCCACAAACUAUAACAAAGAUAAAGCUUGAACCGUAACCAAGGCGAUUGGCUAGUGGGUCAUUCAUGUUCUGCAACGGUGUUUACUGCCCGUUUGCGAGCAGAUCAGAGAAAUACUGUUUUAUUUAUCCACAAUCAUUACUGUUCUUGUCAGAUGGUAAAAAAAAACCAUGUCAAAGGUCAAAUCCAGAAUAUUCUAUUCCACCGCUGCCUUAACGGUUUAUAGGAAGACGGGUGGAAGACGCUGUAAGAUUUACUUCAGUUUGUGUCAGAGAAUUUCCAUUAUUGAAAUGUUGAUGUAACUAACAUUUUGAUCUCCUCGCAGUGAUCUGCAUCUAGGACGAUCUAGUCGAUAGAGCUGUAUGUUUUAUAAGGUGUUUAUUUAUCAACUAAUGUGUUCAUCAACUGUCUGCACAACUUCUUAUUGGGUGACAAUUAUAGUACAUUUUUGUUUUUUGUGUAUUUUACUGUUGAAAGAAAUGGAUGUUGAAUAAGUUACAUAUAUAUAUACACUGUGCCCAGGUCAGGAAUGACUCGCGUCAAUUAAUAUAUCUAUAUGCUGUACGUUAAGGGGCGUUGUGACAGGAAGACAGGCUGUACGUAGAGGGGUGUUGUGACAGGAAGACAGGCUGUACGUAGAGGGGCGUUGUGACAGGAAGACAGGCUGUACGUAGAGGGGCGUUGUGACAGGAAGACGGGUUGUACGUAGAGGGGCGUUGUGACAGGAAGACAGGCUGUACGUAGAGGGGCGUUGUGACAGGAAGACGGGCUGUACGUAGAGGGGCGUUGUGACAGGAAGACAGGCUGUACGUAGAGGGGCGUUGUGACAGGAAGACAGGCUGUACGUAGAGGGACGUUGUGACAGGAAGACAGGCUGUACGUAGAGGGGCGUUGUGACAGGAAGACAGGCUGUACGUAGAGGGGCAGGAAAACGGGUCAUUGGCUCUGUCUUAAUAAUAAUAUUUGUAACAUGCAAAUACACAUAUGAGCCUCAUUCAGUCUGCAGUAAAAAACGUUAUGGAGGGUUGCAGACAUACAUAUCAUGAAUAGAGCUUUGUGCUUCCUCAUCCUGCAGGUCAGAGAGGCAUGUUAGUUCUACAAAAAAUAUAUAUCUGAACAUUCCACAACAGUGUGCUCUGCUGAACGCAGCUCUGUUGUUUACAAAUCAUCUGCCACAUUGAUAAUGAUCCAUUCCCCCUGGGGGGUGGGGGGCGCGUUCAGCAAGACACAAUGUUUGGGAACGUUCAGAUAGAAAUAUGCUCUGUAGAACAAACAUGCCUCUCUGUCCUGUAGAAUAAGGAAUCAUGUUGGCUCUAUUUCUGGUGUUUCUAUCUGCAACGUUUUGGCUGCUGAACGUGGCCCUGGGGUUCUAUUGUAGUAACCAGGAAGUGGGCAGGAAACAGUGAGGGCAGGGCCGCUGCUUCAAAGAGGGCAGAAGUCUGUCUCCAAAGACCUCUCUGUUAGACUGUCUAAUGUGUACAAUAAAAGAGUUGGUGGUGUUUU